GGAGAGACGCCAAUCGAGGGCCGCGGGGCCUCCAGCGCCGGCCGGGGGCACAGGCUGCGGGAGCGCCGAGGAGGCCUGAAGUCCCCCGGGUCCGCGCGAGACGGUGGCGCCUCUGCUCCGCGGGCGCGUGGCCUGGACGAUCUACCCGCCCCCUGCGCCCGGGCGCACGCCGGCCCUGCGCCCAGCGACUCGGACCAUGUCGGUGGUCGACCAGGCCUUUGUCACGCUGGCCACCAAUGACAUCUACUGUCAGGGCGCCCUGGUGCUGGGGCAGUCCCUGCGGAACCACAGGCUGACCAGGAGGCUGGUGGUGCUGAUCAUGCCUCAGGUGUCCGGCCCGCUCAGGGUCAUCCUGUCGAAGGUGUUCCACGAGGUCAUUGAAGUGAAUCUGAUCGACAGUGAGGACUACGUCCACCUGGCCUUUCUGAAAAGACCCGAGCUUGGGGUCACCCUCACCAAGCUGCACUGCUGGAGGCUCACGCACUACAGCAAGUGUGUCUUUCUGGAGGCAGAUACCCUGGUCCUGUCCAACAUCGAUGAGCUGUUUGACCGGGGAGAGUUUUCCGCAGCCUCUGACCCCGGGUGGCCCGAUUGCUUCAACAGCGGGGUGUUUGUCUUCCAACCGUCUCUGGAAACGCAUCAGCGCCUGCUGCAACAUGCCACCAAACACGGCAGCUUCGACGGGGCAGACCAAGGCCUGCUGAAUAGUUUCUUCAGUAACUGGUCCACGGCGGACAUCGGCAAGCACUUGCCGUUCAUCUACAACUUGAGUAGCAACACCGCGUACACCUACAGCCCCGCCUUCAAACAGUUCGGGUCUAGUGCAAAGAUCGUCCACUUUCUGGGGUCCGCGAAGCCCUGGAACUACAAGUACAACCCACAGACAGGCUCAGUGUCGGAGCAGAGCUUGGGCUUGGGCAGCCAGCACCAGGUGUCCUUCCUCAACCUCUGGUGGGGGACCUACCAGAGCAGCGUGUUGCCCCUUUACGAAAGUGUCCACACCGUGGAAACACACGUGUCCCCUGGACACGCAGCUGGCACCGGCGGUGUUGGGGAGCCGUGUGCAACUUCAGCACCCAGUGCCGGGGUGCCGGGCGCAGAUUCAGCCCCGGGAGCUGACCAGCUGUGUCCUGCUCUGGGCCCUCCGGAACCAACCGUGAAAGUGGAUGAGCCCCCGCCUGUCCCUGAAGGAAGCUGUUCGGAAGAUAUGAUAGGUUGCCCUGAAAUUGAGACCUCUCCCGGGAUAACGCGUGACCCACUGUCACCGCCCUCCCCUCAAUUUGCAGACCUCACAGAGACUCAAACUGCCUCGCAGCCCACGAAUAAGGCUGAAAGGGGCCCAUACGAGAAGACCUUGGAAGCAAGCCAGGAGCCCCCUGCUGAGUUCACCAGGGACCCCAGUCCCCAGGACACUUUGGAGGUGGCCCUGGCCGUCUCGGUUUCCGAGAUUUCCAUCGAGGAGAAGGUGAAGGCGCUGAGUCCCGAGGAGGAGAGGAGGAAGUGGGAAGAAGGCCACAUCGACUACAUGGGCAAGGACGCCUUCGCCCGCAUCCAGGAGAAGCUGGACCGCUUCCUGCAGUGAAGCCCGUGCACCUGCCGUGCGUGGGGCGUGGAGGGACCGCGCUCGGUGGCUGCGCGGUCCCGUUCCCUGGACGUCCCCUGUAAUCCCUUCAAAGGGAAACGCUGUGAAUCCACGUGCCUCUGUUUGUGGUUACCCAACUCGAGUGCCUCGCACGAAAUCCUCGCUUGCCGCCUUCCCGCCGGGGUGAGCGAGCCAUGCCUUCCGGGCUUUCCGGAGAGGCCGGCGCUUGUUUGAGCCUUGUCGGCCGGAGAGAGCGGGAAUAAAGCUUUAGUGGACCCUUGGCGGUGGUCCCUGCUCUUGCUCGAAGGUCUGUGUAGAAGCCGGUGGAGCUGUCUUGUGCAGGCGCUACCAGGUGUCUCCCAGGUAGCAUCCAACCUCACCGCAGAUUUCCUUCUGUCCCUAAGCUAAUGACACUAGUGUACGUAUUUCAAGAAUGAAAGGCUUGUUUUCUUCAGGGCUAGACGAUUAGAUGUCUUGAGUUUGCCAUUUAGAUUUCGCAAAGGAUGUCUCAGAAACACCAUAGCUGUUGUCUCGCUGCUUUAAAUCCUGACCUCCCAGUGCUGUUGUCAGAAAUCCUAGUGGGGACACGCCAGGGACGUUUGGGAGAAAGAUUUCAGGUGGCUUUGCGGGGGGGAUGUCAUCUCUUCUAGAUUCAUUUACUUCCUGGUUUAGAAGAAUGAAGGGUUCGCCUGGAAUGAUUUAUAGCAACAGCUUUCUUGCAAUAGCGGCACCUAGAGCUACUCUGUGCUCGAGGACAAAGUGAGUUUGCAGUCAGUCACUCUUGAUGGUUCUCGGGUUGGCGUCUGACCCGCUACCUCAGUUCUCAAUAACUUAUUGAAUCACUGUGCUCUUCAAAGCCAUGUCAGCUCACAUCUUUCGGGAGAAUUCUCAGUUUUAUGAGGCAGGACGCUUUAUUCCACGAGAAACCCGCCUCUUCGGAAAUAUCUGCAUUUAAUGCAUGAACAAAAUACGCCGUGUGUCUCCCUGGGGUGGUGGUUAGUGGCCGCCACAGUUAUUGUUAAAAACGAGCAUCGUCAUAAAGACAGGAAAAAGGGCGGUUUGGGGAACAUUGGAGAGGUUUAUUUAUCACGCACGUACUGGGAAAAGCAAAGCGUGAAUUAGAGACCGAAUUGGAAGGCGCUAGGAGGGGUCAGUCCUAGAGUGUUUUAGUGUGGUGGCUAAGGGUGUUUAGUUUUAUGUCAUCUGAAACAGGUUAGCUUUUGGGGUAGAGACAUCCGUGGGCAUUUAUGGCAUUAUUUGUGGCGUUUGCUUGUGCAAGGUGUGGGUUACGGAGACAUUGUUUCUCUUUCUAUCUGGGUGGUUAGAAGCUGCAGCCUUGCUUGGCAGUGUGAGUGUGGGGUUUCAGGGGCUAGUUUAUAAUAAAAUAGCCAUACGGAUAUAACCUCAGGUGAGUCGGGCAUCAAGCAUCAGCGUGACACCGUACGAUGUUCAGGGGGAAAAAGGUCCGGUGCGCUGUGCUAUGCUGUUGAGCUAAAGGGGGAGGCAGAAGCGUGCGUCUAAUGGACUGGAGGGAGUGGAUUCUGGAAAAUGUGUAUUUGGAGCCAUCGCUGCUUCUCUGCGGACGAGAACUCGUGUUGGUGGGCAACGGUUCGCUGGCUCCGGGUGUGAGUUCAAUAUGCAAUUCUGCUAUGCAUUCUGGGGUGUCGUCGUCACACAUGGAUGAACGCUAAUGCAUUUAAAUUAAAAUUUUUAAAUUAUGGUGUGAGCUCCUUUUGCUGUGUGUGCGUGCAUGCGUGUCUCGGGAAACCGGAAUCAUAUUCGACUUACGUGGAACAGAGGGGAGGGAACGUGGCUGCCUUUUCCAGCAAUAAAUGUAUUUACUUUUAAUUUAAAAAAUGUUUAAUUGACACUUAAUCAUUGU